CCUGUCAAAAGGACAACAAUUUGUGAUUCGAAACGGAGGAGGAGAAAGCAGAGGAAGAAGGAGAAGGUGCUUCGUCCUUUCCUCUGUUCCUCUUCGUCUUAUCCAUUCAUUCGCUCUAUAAAUAGAAUAUGGCAAUUCGUCCUCCCUCCUUUCCCGUCAAAAGGAGCACAAUUUGUGAUUUGGAACAGAGAAGGAGAAUAGAGAGGAAGGAGGAGGAAGAGGAGCUUCGUCCUUUCCUCUUCUUCUAAUCCAACAAUUCCUUGCUGGAAGAGGAGAGGAAGGUGCCUCUUCUCCUUUUCCUUUUUGAUAUUCGAACCAUCCAUUACGGAAUCCUAGUUGACAUAGAGGAGGUGCCUUUGUUCUCCGCCCAUUUUUGUUUUCUGCAAUUAGGAGGAACAUUAUUUGUCUUCCUUUUUUCUUUUGCCUGCAUCUUUCAUUUUCACAACUCGAUUGUUUACAAGUGGAGGGCAAAGAGGCGUUUUUCUUCCCCCAGCCCUCUUUUUCUCCACCAUUCAAUCCUCUUGAACGCUCCUUCUGCGCUUGUGGAGACAUCUUUGUUGGGAUUCUGGAGGAGGGGAAAUGGCAAGGAUCUCGAUCGGGUUCCUCGGUCUCACCGAACUCUUUAUCAGCACAAUGGUGCAUAUGCUCUUCGGUUUCUACAUAUUCAGCACCGCAGUGGCAUCCGAUGUCUCUCAGGUCCUAACUGAUUGCCUCCGGCCCAAUAUCUUCAACCUGGGAGCCAGAGAGGAGGGAGGCAAUGAUAGCAAGGAGAAAAUGGCGGUAUUGGAGGGCUCUCCGCCCCCAAUUGUGCUGGUUCAUGGCAUUUUUGGGUUCGGCAAAGGGAGACUCGGAGGUUUGUCCUACUUUGCUGGGGCGGAGAAGAAGGAUGAACGAGUCCUUGUGCCUGAUUUGGGAUCCCUAAGCAGCAUCCACGAUAGGGCAAGGGAAUUGUUCUAUUAUCUGAAAGGAGGGAAGGUGGAUUAUGGAGAGGAACACAGCAGGAAAUUUGGCCAUUCACAGUUUGGAAGAACAUAUGAACGAGGCCAUUACCCUUCAUGGGGUGAGCACCAUCCUGUUCAUUUUGUCGGCCACUCUGCUGGCGUGCAGGUUGUCAGGGUUUUGCAGCAGAUGCUUGCAGAUAAGGCUUUCAAUGGCUUUGACACCUCUGAGGACUGGGUUUUGAGCAUCACCUCCCUCUCUGGAGCCCUCAACGGAACCACUAGGACAUAUUAUGACGGCAUGCAGCCUGAAGAUGGAAGGUCGAUGAAAUCGAUAUGUCUGCUUCAGCUCUGUCGCCUAGGAGUCAUAGUCUAUGACUGGCUGGACAUUACAUGGCUGAAGAACUACUACAACUUUGGGUUCGAUCAUUUUCAGAUGGCAUGGAGAAAUUCUGGCAUUACUGGUUUGGUUGAUCUCAUACUGGGAAACUCAGGACCUUUUGCUUCUGGAGACUGGAUCCUCCCUGACCUUACAAUUCAAGGCUCAAUCAAUCUCAAUUCUGGUCUCCAGACCUUCCCCAACACCUUCUAUUUCAGCUAUGCGACUAGGAGGACGCAAAAAAUCCUUGGCUACACGGUUCCUUCUAGCAUCUGGGGCAUCCACCCUAUGCUCUUUAUUAGAGUCUUGCAGAUGUGCCAAUGGAGGUUCCCGACCAGCGCAUCCCCACCUUAUAAAGGAUACAGGGAUGAAGAUUGGGAACACAAUGAUGGAGCUCUAAACACAAUAUCAAUGACCCACCCUCGUCUGCCGGUAGAACAUCCAAGCUUUUAUGUUGUGGAUGACUCAGAGUGCCAUCCUUUGCAACCAGGAAUCUGGUACUAUAAGAUCAUGGAGGCCGAUCACAUCUUUUUCAUAGUAAACAGGGAGAGAGCAGGAGUACAGUUUGACGUUCUGUAUGAUGGCAUAUUUCAGAGGUGCAGAAAGCAUGUAUUCAGAAGCAGUAAAACACUAAUACCCAACGAAAGCAGUCAAUGACACCAUUCUCUUCUGCAUUAGAUGUGACUAGGGAACCAGAUAAGAAAGAUGCAUCAAGUUUAUCAUACACAUCCUUUUACAAGCAGGCUUCCUCGUAUGCACGCCUUAGUCUACCACAAUGUUAUGACAAUGCUCACAAAUGACUUGAAAUUAUUCAAAAUUGAAGCUUCUAGGUUUUGCAGGACAUACUCGUACUGAUUUUUAGCUUUGCUUGUUUGUACAUAUGCAUUUCGUGAAUGGGAAAAAAAAAAGAAACUCAGGUUUUAGCAUAAAUUGAGUGCUUUUAUGCUAACUAUAAUGUUGCAUGAUGAACACCCAGCGCCGUUUAUAUUUGGCCUUCUUCAAUAUU